UUGGUUUCUAUUUGUAAAAGUUCGAUUGUUGAUAUUUAGCUUUUUUAAAAAUAAAUUUCCCUUGAAAAACAAAAAUAUAUAAAUCGUUAAAAAAUAACGAAUUCAAUUUACUUGUUAAACUAAAUACAUGCAACUAUAUUAUUCUCAUCAAAUAUUUGGUCAAUUAUUCAGGUCAAUUAAUUUGCCAAAAAUUAUGUAUUUGAGAUUUCAAAUAAUUCUGUAUUUUGGACUAAUAUUGUCAACAUCAGCUGAUAUAAAAAUUGAUCAAGUUAUUAAUUAUUUGUCAUCCAAAAAUUUACCACAAGCACAAAAUGCAUUCCAUAAAUGCAUUGCUAAUUUAAACAUAAAUGGUUUUGAACAAAUGAAUUAUGAAGAAUUCAAUCAAUUUUUAAGUAGUCUGGGAGAUGAUAUAAUUUCUCGUGAAAUUCAUCCAAAAGAAAUGAGUCAAAAAAUAAUUGAAUUUUUAAAAUUAGAUAAAUCUAUUAUUACAGAAAAUUUUGAAUAUUGUUGUAUAAUUUUCCACUCAAGUUUGUUUGCAGUAGAAUAAGAAAUUCAAUGUCUUGCGAAUUGACAAGAAAUUAAAUUUAUACUUUAUACUAUUUUCCAUUGUUAUAAUUCAAAUAACAAAAAUUAAUAAAAUAAAAAUGAUUAAAUUAGAAGUAGGUCUUGUAUAUGGUGAGAACAUCGGGUUGUGGUUCUAUCGGCGUCAUAUGGUUCGAGGGUUUAGAACGACAAAGACAAAUGUGUACGAAGGAGAUUUAAACGAAGACGACCGAAACGAUGUACGAAAAUGUAUAGUCGGAGAUAUAAUUAAAAUUAUUUCUGGUAAAAUUCCUCUAGAUGGAGUUGUUCGUGGUAUAAAAUUCUUCAUUUUUGGAUCUGACGAAAUUCCUUUUGCAGAGUAUUGUUGUGCUGCUUUUUACACGUAUUUGGUUUUAGAUGAUUCCAUGUUUUCUGGACUAAUAUUAUCAACAUCAGCAGGUGUUAAACUUAAUAAAGUUAUUAAUUAUUUGUCAUCCAAAAAUUUACCACAAGCACAAAAUGCAUUCCAUAAUUGCAUUGCUAAUUUAAACAUAAAUGGUUUUGAACAAAUGAAUUAUGAAAAAACAAACAAAAACGUCACCCAGCCAUCAGCUAUCCAUAGUGCAAUUAACGUUGAAUCGACUGCCAAAACGCUUCCCAAAGUAAUUGUUCCUUUUGCGUAUGGAAUGUCAAACUCCGCUGCUCUAUUUCCGUUGAGCACUCGAGUAAUAGCACGUAACUGGUAACAUAAAGUGUUGGUUGUCACCUAAACAGGCCAAUACCAACCAAAAAACAAUGAAACAAAUUAAAAACACGCCAGCUCACUGGCCACGAGUCAUCAGACUCAAGAGAUGCGGUACGACUUCAAUCGCGUACACCGACGUAGUGCUCGCAAGGUGCCGGUAGUGCCGGACACGAUUGUUGUCAUUACAUUGAGAGGGGUAAUGCCAACUCGAGCUAUGUGUAACUUUACCGGCUACACGCAUAACUUUUGAACAAAAGCCUUAAGAAAAACCUAAUACGAAUGUCAAACAUCUUUGCAACAUUAUAAUCUAUUUAGUUUUGUAAAACAUGUAAGCCACUAUGUUAAUAGUAUUGUAACAUUAUUAUGUUAUAAAUAAAUCAACCAUAAUUAUAAUAUAAAUGUGUUAAUUUUACUUGAAUAAAUGAUAAAUACUGAAAUGGUAUUUUUUAGCUUUGAUGCGAAGCUGAGAAGGUAUUGGUUCUACUAUGAUGUCUUAGCCUUUCAUUGGGUAUAUUUUUCUUAUAAAUCUGACCCUUUACCUGCCCACAGGGGAAGAUUUAAAAUGACAACUUUUUCACAAAAAAUUAACUUUUUCAAAUUUAUAUUUGAAAGUGUUCCG